AUGAUCCUGUGGCUGAUGAUGGCCCUGCAGCCGCUCGUCGCCGGCCGCCCGCGCGAAGACGUGCUGUGGUGCUUCUUCCUGUCGCUCAACCCCAACCAGGCGUUCGCCUUUGCCGUCGACAUCUGGUUCAGCUUCGACGAGCGCACUCGUUUUUCGGAUGCGCGCCUGCAGGCAAGUGCUUCGCGACGUGACGGCCUGCCGAUGCUGCUUGCCCACAUCUUGGCGAUGCUCACGAAGCGGCUGCUGUACAAUCUGAAGAACAUCCCGCAGUUUGUGGUGCAGAUCCUCAUCCCGAUUGCCCUCUUCUUCUGUGUUCACUACGUGUGCCACCGGACGACAACGAAUGUCGACAGCAUCAUCGUCGGCCCGUCCACCAUCGAGAUGGGGCGCUGCGUUUUGAACGUGGCUCCGGGUACCACAUACGCGGUCGAGCGGUACCGCCGGUUGCUGAGCGACGGCUGCGAGCUGUUAGACUUGACCGGGACGCAGGAAUUCUACAAAGAUUUGCUGAAGGAGGGCAAAGAACUGCCUCGACUCGCCGUCGGCCUCCACCUUAACGACUCGUGGGGUCCAGCGGCCCGCGUUCACGCCUGGUACAACCCGAACGGCUUCCACACGGCCCCGCUGCUCAUCAACAUUGUCGACACGGUCCGGCUGCAGACGAAAACUGACAACGACCAGGCAAAGAUCAUCACCGGUAUCCACGUGUUCCCCAUUAACACCGAGUACGAGGCAUUCCAGGCUGCCAAAGACACACUGCUCCGCAAAGCGGUGAUGAUCCCGCUGGUGCUGAUCGCCCUCUCCAUUUUGACCUCCGGUUUUGUCGUGAUGCUCGUCGAGGAGCGCACGAGCAACUUUCAGCAUCAGCAACUCCUCACCAAGCUGCAUCCGGUCAUCUACUGGGCCGCGUCGAUUGUGUACGACAUACUGCUAUGCACGCUCGUCUUCGCCGUUGGCCUCCUGAUCCUCUACGCGGGUGAUGUGCUGGGUUUUGAGGCGCUCACGGGGCUUGCCGGCUUUUGGGCCCUCUACCUGUGGGCGUGCCUGCCGUUCAUCUACUGCCUCUCCUGCCUGUUCACCACCGCCGCCAAGGACAACACACUGCUCAUCAUUUGGCAGGUCAUCUCUCCCCUCGUCGCCGCUGUAAUCGUCUUCAUUAUAAUGAUCUGGAUCACCUACGAAGCCUCCAUUAGCCAAAAAGAAAAAGAUCACACCAAGCUCAAAGUGGCGCUGGUGCCGCUGCAGUUCCUCUUCCCGCCAUUUGCCAUGUGCAUGGGCAUCGUCCACGUGAUCAUCGUAGAGUACAAGGCCGAGGAGAGGAUCAAGGAGAUUUUUGACACGUGGUGGGUCAGUGGGUUGCCGGCGAUCGCGAUGGGGGUGUUCGGCGCGCUGAUGGCCGUGCUUUUCGUGCUUCUGUCUUCGCGGACUGUACGCCGGGUGGUGCUCGCCUUCACUGGUGCGGCCUGUAUCCACCGGAAGCAAGAGCGCUACCAGGAUGCCGAUGAGGACGUCGCAGCUGAGCGCGAAUAUGUGACCGACUUGAUGAAGUGGUUCGGCUGCAAAUCACAACCAGCCGUCGACCAGAUUACGUUCGCCGUCGAGCCGGGCCAAUGCUUUGGGCUGCUCGGAACCAACGGCGCCGGCAAGACGACGACCAUCGACAUUCUGACCGGGCUGAAGGUGGCGUCUGGGGGCGCAAUCCGGCUCUACGGCCAACCGGACACGCAAAGUUCGGUCCUCGCCGCCGUCGGUAUGUCCAACGACGGCGACAAGCGCAUCAAGUUCUGCAGCGGUGGCCAGAAGCGGAAGAUCAGCGUCGGUGUCGCCCUCCUGGCCCAGGACGCCAUCCGAAUUCUCGACGAGCCGACGGCCGGUGUCGACCCGAAGGCCCGCCGAGACAUCUGGAUGCACCUCGACCUCUCCCGCCAACCACCAGGUCAUACAGCUCAGCUACUGACGUCGCACUCGAUGGAGGAGUGCGAGGCCUUAUGCACCAAGAUUUCGAUCAUGAUCAAGGGACGGAUGGUGGCCAUCGGGUCGAGUCAGCAUCUCAAGUCAAAAUACAGCGGCGGGUACACGAUGACCGUCGAGCUGAAGCCGGACGAGUCGGGCGAGAAGGAUCCGGUGAAGCUGCACGAGCUGAUGGUGGCCAGUGUGGAGGCCGUCACUCAGGCUAUGACGGCUUUUUUCCCUGAGAUCAAGAUCAAGGAGGCGGGCGCGUCGCGGACUUGUAUCUAUGUGGUCCCAUCUACCACCCUGCCCUGGUCGGCGGCGUGGACGGCGAUGAACAAGCUGUGCGCUGACCCGAAGCUGCAAAUUGCCGACUACAGCGUCACGCAGUGCGGCCUCGAGGACACGUUCUUGAAGGUGACGGCCGAGGCGAAUACCGAGGCGUCA